AUGGUACCACUGUCUCUUUCCGAUACUAAUUCUGGAAGGGAUUUUUGGAAAAAUCAGACACCAAAUAGUGCAUUUUGGGCUAGACCAAUGGCGCUUAUAGCUGAGAAAGAAAAUCCCGAGCUCAUUCGCUUUGUCAAUGAAACAUUCGAACCUCAAGAGCAAGCACUCAGAGAGAAUGGACUCUCUUUUGAACAUAAUGGACAAAAGUAUAACAUAUCAAUCAUUAUUGAAGAUUCUAUGAAAGAUAUGAAGGUUAGAAUGGUCGAGUCGGGUCUAGGAGGGGCCGACUGUCUCAUGUGCCACACAAGACAAGCUGAUUGGAAAGAUGUAAAGAAAAUUAAUGAAGAAAAUGCCUUUCAAAUCACUCGUACUGCUGAAAAAACUGUCCAAUUGUACAAGGAAAUGAUAGAGGAGAAAGGAGAAAUCGUACGAAGAAAAAAUGACUACGAGGUCCGUGCAGGACUGACGACCGAGCCUCUUUCAUCCAGUGACCAUCAUUACAUUACUCUCACGCAUCAGUACAUUAAUGGAACUACAUGGUUUCUAAAUAUUUUUUAUCGAAUCAAAGCAAAUCUUCUCAUGUGGGCUAUCAGGGGCGAGGAUAGUCAAUCUAAACUGAAAGCAGCGAAACAGAGUGUGUUAAAACACAUUGAAGAAUAUACGGGGCUGAAAUUAGAUCAGUGUGAUUCUUCCAGCGGAAAUAGGGGCACAAGCACAACGGGUUCACAAGGGCGAAGAUUUUUUUCCUACGAGCUGCGGGAAAAAAUUAUCGAUUGCUUACCAAAGAAAUACAAAGAUCUCAUAAACUGGCUCAUGAAAACUUAUUCAAUCAUUUUACGAGCAGUUUCUUUCACUCAACCAGUCAUCGUUGACGAACUUAAGAAUUUAACUCGUGAGUUUUGUCAAUUUGUGGCCAAAGAAUUGAACUGGAUCGAAUACAAUCUAACCGUGCACAAUUUGAUCUUUCAUUCUCCAGAACUUAUUGAACGAAAUAAUGGAAUUGCUUUGGGAGAGCUGAGUGAGGAGGCUUUAGAGAGCUGCAACAAAGAUGUUCGAAAUUAUCGAGAAUUUUUGGCCCGAAAAAUUGGACAUAUACCAAAUCUAACUGAUGUUUUCAAUCGCCUCUUCAUUCGAUCAGAUCCGGUUCUCCGUCUAAUCAUCGAUCAAUCCCAAUCAAGAAGAGGAAAAAGAACAAGUUUGGCACAAGUAACAGGUAGCGUGAAUGAGGAUGAUGCUCUCUUAAGUAAAAUUUUACAGUGA